UGUCGCGCCGCUCACGCCUGUACUCGGGCCUGCGGGUCACGGCUAGCGUCAGAUAACACCCGGGCUGGCGGAAUGGGGUCCUCCCACUCCCCGCGUCAGUCCGCCGCCAUGACGACUCCGACCCGGGCCCUGCUGGCCGCCGUGCUGCUGCCGCUGGUGGCCGCCGCCGCGCCCGACACCCUCCGGCUGGUGAACGUGCUGUACCGUCAUGGCGCCCGGACCAUCAUCGCGGCGUACCCGACCGACCCCAACAUCGGCGCCUGGCCGCAAGGUUACGGACAGCUGACCAACGAGGGCAAACAGAACCAGCUCGAGCUGGGCCGCUUCCUGCGCCGACGCUACGACGGCUUUCUGCCGGAGCUGUAUCACGUGAACUACAUACACCCACAUUGAGGCGGCCGACGUGGACCGGUGUCUGAUGUCGGCGCAGGCCAACCUGGCCGGCCUGUUCCCGCCGCAGGGACAGGACGUCUGGGACGCCGAGCUUGCCUGGCAGCCGAUCCCCGUGCACACCGUGCCGUUCGAGGACGACUACAAGUUCAAGUCCCACAAGAUGUGCGCCGCCUACAACGCCGAGCACGAUCGCGUGUACAGCUUACCGCAGAUGGAGGCCAUUAACGCCGAGUACGCCGGCCUGUACCAGUACCUGACCGAGAACAGCGGCGACCUGGUGGCCGACAUUACGCACGUGCAGUGGCUCUACGAUACACUCCGGAUCGAGUCGACCCACAACUUGACGACGCCCGAGUGGGCGCUGGCCAUGCCGCCCGGCUACGACGCGCCGGCGUUCCCCGAUCUGAUGGAGCCCCUAGGAAACCUCGACUUCGGCUUGCUGGGCGCCACACCGCUGCAGCGUCGGCUCGGCGGCGGGCCCCUGCUCAAGGAUAUGUUGAAGAACAUGAAGGCCAGUGUGUAUGGCUACCUGAGCCCGGUUAAAAGAAAGCUGUUCGCCUACUCGGGGCACGAUACCAACGUCGCCCUCCUCCUGACCACUCUGAUGGUGUACAACGGCGUGAUGCCUCCUCUGGCCAGCGCCGUGCUGGUGGAGCUGCACGAGGAGCCCGAGGUCGGUCCCACCGUGCAGCUGUUCUACCGGAACGACACGGCCGCCGAGCCGUACCCGCUGCAGCUGCCCGGCUGCCAGCUCAGCUGCCCGUGGGACAGCUUCGUCCAGCUCACCGCAGACGUUGUGCCAGACGACAUCGAGGCGGAGUGCGCCGCCGUGCCCGAGGGCUACGUCCCCAAGGCGAACAAGUGGCGCCGUGACUAGGCCCUUCUCUGAUCUGCAGGAAGGGGUGUUUGGUCGGCAACUGAGGACAGGCACGGACAAGUUGAGCGGGCGUCGACGUGGGGUCUGGUCAGGAACGGUAGCCAUUUUGAAUGUUUUGGAUGAAAAGGAGCGUUUUGUUUAUCUUUGUGAUUUAAUCUUUAGAUGUAACUCGUCAAGGCUAGAUCGCUCACUGUUUUCAAUUCGUGUAAUGCGUUAUUUUUGUCAUAAGGGCAGUACUGAAAGCUAUACAUAAUCUUCAACAGCCUUUGUGAGGUUCCACUUCCGUUUCGUAAAAGGACAGAAGGUGAACGAAGGUUUAGCUGGAAGGUAUAGCUUCAUAACAGGAUGCCUAGGGGGGAAGAGGCGAAGGAAUCUUUCCGAAGAACACAUGACCCUGUAAUACUCCUGAGUGUAGGCCCUUCUAUUAGUCUCUAUAGGACUUUUUCUGAGAGAAAAGUCAACAAAUACCCUCACAACAAGGCCUCCUUGAAGACCAAGAUCAAGAUGGACUGCAUUGAAAAAAUGCCAUGGUGGCCAUUGCGUGUAACAGUUUCAGCAACCGAAUCAAACGUGUCGUGGAGGCUUAGAGAGUUACAUUAAGUGGAACAAAAUGUGGACAUGGCAAUAGCCAAGUAUGAAAAAAUGAAGUCAAUACAUGCAUAUUCUUAGGAGGCAUAA